UACCGUUGGUGGUAGUACAAAGAUCACCAUGAGAGACCUAACCACCCUCACCAUCCACGAACUUGAAAACUUCUUCAACUCUUUCGACCAAGUCCUCUGCGACAUGGAUGGAGUUCUUUGGAAUAUCGUCCAGAACAUACCCGGAGCGUCAGACGCCAUCUCCUCCUUACAAAAAUUGGGUAAACAGAUCAUCACCCUCUCCAACAAUACAACCAAAUCGAUAGAUGCGUACCACAAACAACUACAAGAAGCCAAUUUUGACAUAGAAAAAAGCCACGUGGUGACUCCAACUCCAGUCACGAUCUCCUACCUACGAAAAAACAAUUUCGCCAACAAAAAAAUCUUCGUCCUUGGUACCACUGUGUUGAAAGACUCUCUUAAAGAAGCAGGCUUCGUUUUGGCCGACAAUGGACCCGACCGAAUCGAAGAAACGUGUCACCAGUUUGCCUCUUUAUCUUCGGAUGACGACGACGAUGUGGCUGCGGUGAUAGUCGAUCUUGAUUUAAACAUAAACUACGUAAAUUUGCAAAAAGGGGUAAGUUACAUAUUUGCAAAAGCCGGAAGUCGAGUUUCUUUGUGGAGCCAGAGACCUGGGAAUUUUGUUAAAAUUUUGGAAAAUGCGACUGGACGGGACGCCAUAGGGAUGGCAAAACGUAGCCGCUGUAUGAACGAGUACCUAAUGGAGAAGUUCCAAAUGGGCAAGGACCCUUCCAGAGUACUACUCAUUGAAGACAUGGUUUUUGCAGCACAGUGUACAUACCAAAAGUUGUUGGUUUUAAGUGGUUUGUCUACGGUGAGCGAUUUAGAAAAGUGGGCGUUUCCUGAAGAGUACAAACCCGACUUCUACGUGGACAGCUUGAAAACUGUCCACGAAUUAAUAGAGAAAUGCGAAAUCACCAUGCGUGACCUAACCACUCUUAACGUACAAGAACUUGAAGCCUUCUUCAACUCUUUUGAUACAGUUUUAUGCGAUAUUGAUGGGGUUUUAUGGAAUGUCCUUCACAGCAUACCCGGUGCUACUGAUGCAAUCUCUUCGUUAAAAAAAAUAAACAAACAAGUUAUCUUGGUCACUAACAACACAAUCCGAACUACCUCUACUUUAUACAAAGAACUAAAAGACGCCGGUUUCGACAUCGAGGAAAGCAGUUUGGUGACACCAGCACUAGCCAUGGUGUCCUACUUGCGCAAACACAACAUCACCGACAAAAAAAUCUACGUCAUAGGAAUGACUCCACUUAAAGACCUUUUGAGACAAGCAGGCUUCGAGAUAGUUGACAUUCCAGCCGGGCGCAUCGAGGAGUCAGCUCAAACACUAAUCGCUCUCACUACCGUCGACGACGAAGACGUCGGCGUCGUCAUAGCCGACGCCGACGUCAACAGAAAUUACGUGAAACUCCAGAAAGCUGUGACUUUUUUGCAGAGGAAGGACGUGGUGUUUCUGAGUGGCGCCACCGAUGAGAAGCUAUCACUAGGAAAGGGCUACAUUUUACUCGGUCCUGGGUACUUUUUGAAAAUUUUGGAAGACAUGACAGGACGAAAAGCCAUCGCUUUGGCAAAACCGAACGCUAACUUGAACGACUACGUGGUGGAUGAGUUUAAAAUAAAGGAUCUUUCCAGGGUUUUGUUUAUCGGGGAUUCAAUUGCAGAGGAUAUGGGGUUUGCGGCGACUUGUGGGUAUAAGAAGUUGCUGGUUUUGAGUGGGCUGGCGAAAAAGAGUGCUUUGGAAAAGUGGGAGUUUCCGGAGGAGUACAAGCCUGAUUUUUACGUGGAUAGUUUGAAAAGUGUACACGAUUUGAUUGUACGUGUUUUGGAAACGAAGAUGACAACUACAAAAAAAUAAAAACGUGUUUCAAA